ACAACUGAGCAAUAGGUGACUGGUCUCGCGGAUUUAGGAACUCAGUUAAAUUGAUUUGUUAAGCAAACAUCCUGUGAAACACACCUAUUUGUAUUCGUGUAAAAAGGGAAACCUCCCUUUCCAGACCCGGUGUUCCGAUGAAGAGGAAAUCUACUUGUGUGUGUGAAGGUCCGCGGAGAGCACAGGAAUAGAAAUGCAGGGAUUCGUGAGGUUACAGUCGUUCCGGUGAACUGCCCCGUUUCCCAUACACUUUACAUCGUUGUUUUGGAAGUAAAUGACGUUAUACUGCGAGCGCUGGGAUUUUGCUUAGUCUGGACGUCUGGUUUGGAAACGCCACAUAUAGCGGUGAUAAACCUCAGUCGUUGUGUUUUUAACCACUUACCAUCUUUCCAGUGGGACCCAACUGCUCUCCGAAGGCAAACUCCAGGAGUCAGUGUCGUAACUCUCAACUGCGAGACGGACCGUACGACGCAUUUUUCUAGCGCGUGUCCUGUAAACACACGUUGCGUUUGUAUUCUUUUACCGGGUUGCAAACUAAAUCGGCGUGUAAGCAUACCUGACUGUGUUUAUAAUGCGGCUUCUGACUCGGGCACUGUAACUGCUACAGCUACACCGUGAAAUGUUGCAACUAGACAGACGUGGGAGAGCGAGGAAACCGAUGUAAAAUCGCCCACAUGCGCUGGAUCAAUCGCUUGCUAGGUGAUCGGAAUCUGCAGAAGAAGAGGGAAGACGUGAGUUGUAAAUCCUCGCAGGCUGGAAGAUGGCGGAGCAGUACUACAGCAGGAGGAGGUGGUGGUGAGAGACAAACUUCCAAGCGCUCGAGAUUUAUUUGCAAACACCGCGAUCUGGCCUUCAGGACACAUGCAGGCCAAAAAACGAUAUCUGAUCUCGCUCGUGACUGGCGCGUUUCUAAUUGUGCUCUUUUACUUUGGAGGUCCGGCGGCCACGGGGUCCAGGAGCCGGCAUGACCGGAGCCGCAAUGGAUAUAAUCGUCCCGACCAGCCGUGGCCACACUUCUCGGAUCCCUUACAACACUUUAGCCCGUGGGAUCAUUCCGACACGGAGGAAUACAACGUUCACAUAUCGCCCAGGCAAAAGAGAGACGUUAGCUCGAGCGUUUACAAGGGCAAGAAGUGUCGCAUGCAAUCGUGUUUCGAUUUCUCCCUGUGUCAAAGAAACGGAUUCAAAGUGUACGUGUACCCCCAGCAGAAGGGAGAGAAAAUCUCAGAAAGUUAUCAGAACAUUUUAUCCACCAUCGAGGGCUCUAGGUUUUACACAUCAGACCCUGGCCAAGCGUGUCUGUUCGUCCUGAGCUUGGACACACUGGACCGAGACCAGUUGUCUCCACAAUAUGUGCACAAUCUCAGAACCAAGGUGCAGAGCUUGCCUCUGUGGAACAAUGGUAGGAAUCACCUCAUAUUUAAUUUGUAUUCAGGCACAUGGCCCGAUUACACGGAAGACUUGGGCUUUGACAUCGGUCAGGCCAUGCUGGCCAAAGCGAGCAUCGGCACGGAGAACUUCAGACCCAAUUUUGACGUGUCCAUCCCCCUGUUCUCCAAGGAGCACCCAAGGACCGGUGGGGAGAGGGGGUAUUUGAAAUAUAACACCAUUCCACCUUUUAGAAAAUACAUGCUAGUGUUUAAGGGGAAGCGCUAUCUGACCGGCAUCGGUUCGGACACGAGGAAUGCCUUGUAUCAUGUUCAUAACGCGGAGGAUGUAGUGCUCCUCACAACGUGCAAACACGGAAAGGACUGGCAGAAACACAAGGACGCGCGCUGUGACAAGGACAACGCUGAGUAUGACAAAUAUGACUACCGUGAAAUGCUGCACAAUUCCACUUUCUGUCUGGUGCCACGGGGACGACGACUGGGCUCCUUUCGCUUCCUGGAGGCUCUGCAGGCUGCCUGUGUGCCGGUCAUGCUGAGUAAUGGUUGGGAACUCCCCUUCUCCGAGGUCAUCGACUGGAACACAGCCGCUGUGAUCGGGGAUGAGAGGCUUCUACUGCAGAUCCCGUCCACGGUGCACUCCAUUCAUCAGGAUAAGAUUCUAGCUCUGCGACAGCAGACACAGUUCUUGUGGGAGGCCUACUUCUCCUCCUUGGAAAAGAUUGUGCUCACCACUCUAGAAAUCAUUCAGGACCGAGUGCUUCAGCAGACCUCCAGGAGUACCCUGAUGUGGAACAGUCACCCUGGUGGUCUUUUUGCACUGCCCCAGUACUCAUCCUACCUGGGCGACUUCCCUUUCUACUAUGCUGAACUUGGGAUAAAACCGAAUUCCAAGUUCACUGCUGUUAUCCAUGCUGUCACCCCCCUGGUAUCUCAGUCUCAACCCAUUCUCAAGCUCCUCGUCUCAGUGGCCAGGUCCCAGUACUGUGCUCAGAUUAUUGUAUUGUGGAACUGUGACAAGCCUUUACCUGCCAAGCAUCGAUGGCCUGCAACCUCAGUGCCAAUAGUUGUUAUAGAAGGAGAGAGCAAGGUCAUGAGCAGUAGGUUUCAGCCGUAUGACAGUAUCAUCACUGACACAGUGUUAAGUCUGGACGAAGACACAGUGUUGUCAACCACUGAGGUGGACUUUGCCUUCACAGUGUGGCAGAGUUUCCCAGAGAGAAUCGUUGGGUAUCCUGCCCGCAGUCAUUUCUGGGACAAUAAUAAGGAGCGUUGGGGGUACACAUCCAAAUGGACCAAUGACUACUCCAUGGUUCUCACCGGAGCUGCCAUUUACCACAGAUAUUACCACUUCCUGUACACCCACUUCCUGCCAAAUAGCCUGAAGAGCAUGGUGGACCAGCUGGCCAACUGUGAGGACAUCCUCAUGAACUUCCUGGUGUCUGCCGUCACCAAGCUGCCACCCAUCAAGGUCACACAGAAAAAGCAGUACAAGGAGACCAUGAUGGGCCAGUCAUCUCGAGCCUCGCGCUGGGCGGACCCGGACCACUUUGCCCAGCGUCAGACCUGCAUGAACAAGUUCGCCAGCUGGUUUGGCGGAAUGCCUCUGGUCCACUCCCAAAUGAGACUGGACCCUGUUCUGUUCAAGGACCAGGUCUCCAUCCUCCGCAAGAAAUAUAGGGAGAUAGAGCGCCUCUGAUCAGACUGGCACCCCUUGUCGGACAUUCAACAGGGGGCCGCAAGAGACUCUCUGGAGCAGAGGAGGACCUCAGCGGUCAGAGAUCUGGCUCCGUUUUCCCUUCAGCACACAGCAAAGGACAAAGACACCAGGAUGUGAUGGCUUCUGUGGACCUUCAAAAACACGUUACACACUUUUAACUACAAGACUAUUUGAAAGACUAUUUUUUUUUGUUUUGCUUUGGGUUUGGUAAUGAAUGCCACAGAUGACUGAUCUUUCCCAGCACACAAGCAAGUUGUUUGAUGACGGGAGGGACGCAUCGUCUUGUUAGCACUUCCUCUUUACCAUGACACAUCCAGAUCCAUUCCUUUUUAUGCUUUUGAUAUCAGUAUGGACACCUGCUCUGUCACAUGCUCCAGUUCUGUGCUUUCUGGGAUCUUAAAAAGAUUGAACCAUUAUUUCAUACAGUUAAAGGGAUAGUUCACCCAAAAAAUUGACAUUUUUCAUCAUUUACUCACCCUUGUGUUGUUCCAAACUGGUAUGACUUCUUUUCUCAAUGGAACACAAAAGGAAGUGUUGGGAAGAAAGUUAGCCUCAGUCACUAUUCACUUUCAUUGUAUGGCAAAAGAUGAAGAUGAAGUGAAAAAAGUGAAUGGUGACUGAAGUUAACAUUCUGCCUUUUCUACUUUUGUGUUCAACAGAAGAAAGUCAUAAGAGUUUGGGACAACAAAAGAAUAAAUAAAUGAUGACAGAAUUUCCAGAACUGUCCCUUUAAAAUUAAGAGUUAAGUUUUUGAGGUAUUAGGAUUUCUUCUUGUUUGGAGUCACAAAAGUCAUUUGGCUUCAUAAUGAUGUCAUUUGUUUUCAGUCAAAUUGAUUUAGUAAGCCUGGUUAUGGUGUAAUUUAGCUUACUGAACAGUCGUACAGUUGAAAAGUUCACCAACACGUCAAAAAUAAUUCUUUAAUUUGCAAAAAGAGCCAUAACACUGCAUUCAAAACUGCUGCGAUCCCACAUAAUCAUGUAAAGCACCCUGCAGUAUUUUAUUUUUCGUAUUUUUAAAAUAGUGCCAAGAAUCAUUAGUUGCCUUUUAAGUGGCAUGUGAAACCAUCCCAACAUAAUUCAUGCAAAUCCACCCUACUAAAAAAAAAAAAAACUAUUAAUUAGUAUCCCCUAGAGUUAUUAAACAGCCAGGCUUGGGAAAAUGUUUGUCAUUGUCAAGCAAAAUUUUGCAGUAAAAUAAAGGCAGUGCCUGCGGAGCUUACUUUGCAGAAAUGCCAUCUGUUUAGGCGAGAAAACAGCCAAUUCAGUAAGGUCUCUGAAAGUUCAGAUUUGUAAAAGAGCUUUGGACAUAACAGCAUGACAGGUUGCAUCGUAAGGACUUGCGCUCUUAAUUUAAGUGAGUCGUCUCUCGCCUCCUUUAUCUGCCUCGUCCCUGUGAAGAAUGAGCUGUCCUUCAAAGUUCAAUGGCACUGCCUCAUUUCUCCCCUUUUGUUGGCCUCCUAUUUUAAACAUAUAAAACUUGCUUAGCCCCAAACAGACACCCAGCAAAUAUAUGUCUCUGUUUUACCUAGAAAAUGUUGAGUGUAUGCUUCCUUUAUAUCGAAAUGCACAUCUUUUCUCAUUGAUUUUAAUAUCAAGCGAAUGGCGCUCGAGACGUUGGGGCCCCUCCAGUGUUGUUCUCUGUGUUUCCAGAGGAAAUGUGUUUUUAAAGAGUGGAGUGUUUUAUCAGUCUCUGCUCACAGGUACUUGAAUGUCUGAUGACUUGAAGGAGUGCCGUGCUUUAAUGGCCUUUUGUGAAGGUGACUGGACUUAAAAUGUGCCAGCUGUGAGCCAAAGCCUUUAUUUUUCCUAUUUAAUUUUUCCUUCGCAUAACGUAUCAGAAUUUGAUUCACUUUUCAUUAUACACCACAUUUGUUUGUUUUUUUCUGUGUGGCUAUGGUCAACCUGUGCCGAAAUCAAAACGCAUAUCUGACAUUGACUGUUGUUUGGGAACCCAAGUUGCUGACUUCAUAUAUAAUUUGACAAAUAUCUUAAAGGGAUAGUUCACCCCAAAAUGAAAAUUCUAUGAUGAUUUACUCACCCUCAUGCUAUUCCAAACCCAUGAUUUUCUUUCCUCUGUAAAGCACAUUAGGAAAUGUUAGUCAGAAGGUUACCCUCAGUCACCAUUCACUUUUAUUAUAUCUUUUCUCAUACAAUGAAAGUGAAUGAUGUUUAAUGCUCACCUUUUCUUUUAGUGUUCUAUGGAAGAAAGUCAGUCAUAUGGGUUUGAAACAACAUGAAGAUGUGUAAAUAAUGAUAUAAUUAUAAUUUUUGGUGAACUUUCCCUUUAAUCCCUUUAAUUUAGUUAACUUCCCCUAUGCUUCAAAUGAAUGAGAAAUGUUCCACAGUAAGGCUUGCAAAAUUUCACAUGGUUACAACUGACAUUUGUAGCUAAAUGAACUGGAAAUCUGAGUGGUCUGAAUAAAAUUUGAAUUUAAAUCUUGACAUUAAAGUUUAGUAGAUACUUAUAUGUGAAUCUUGUUAUACAUGUACAAUUAAUUUCAAGAACAUAAAUUCAGGUCCCUUAAAACUACUAAAAUAAUUGCCCUCUGAACAGUUAAAAUGUUCAUUAGUAAUUUAUGACUUUACGACUUAUUGAAUUUAAGCAAUGUUUAUUUGGUUUUUCUUUUUUUCUAGUUCUAACACAAAUGGCCCACAUCUGGUUAAGUUUUAAGUUCAGCAAACCAUCUAAUUUACAUUUUAUAUCGAGCAUUUAUAUCUAUGAUUGUUGUUAUAAUAUCACAGAAUUUACUUCUGGCCUUGCACAAUUUUUUUGGCCAAAUCCUAGACUUCAAAACUGUGACCUGUCGCUGUACAUAAUUUCUAUUUAUGUCCAUACAAAUGAAUCCACACAAUUAUAUACAGAAUAAUGUGACCGAACCUGAAGAUCGUUUUUAGGGGGUAGUUGAUAACUGCAUAUUUAAUUUUGAUUAGGUUGUGCAUCCCACCCAGUCAGCAUGCCCUUGCAAACAUUGUCAUCAGGGGCAGUGAUAUGGCCAACACUGUCUAGAUCUGCCCAAGGCUAUUGUCAAUGUGUAGUAUGUAAACAGACAAUACAACUGAUAGAUGUUUGCAUUGUAAAAUGAUGCUAGUGUUUUUUUGUUUUUGUUUUUUUAUCACCCAGCGUGACAUGACAAAGCCAUUCAUUUCCAAUUGGUGUCUGCUGAAUGCUGCUGCUACCACUACACACUCGCAAGAUCACCAAAGAAUCUUGCCAAAUUUAAAGUCAUGCAAUUGUAGCAUUUUUGUCUUUAGCAAAUGGAGUCUUUCAUGGUUUAUGCUGGCUAUAUCUUUAUCCUGUAUCUGUUUGUCUUUCUCGUUUAAUAAGGUGCAUCAAGAUCAACCUUUCUUAGAGCUAACAGGUAAAAUAAUACACUCUUUCAAGCAGGCCCUCUAUGACGCUUAACACAUUUGUAUCUGUCUUAUCUUCAUGCUUCUUACAUUAUUAGCAAUAAGCAAUAUGGAACAAUGCUCAAACCCUUAAUGGUUGGAAUACUCACUGAUCUGUCCACUGAUCUUGUGCCUUUUGAUUCAAUUGAUUUGUGAGUUUGUGACCCCGACUGAGAGAAGGGGCAAAACCUUUAGUAUGAUAGUAAUGUCAUCUGCCAGAUGCCAACUUUACACUAAAAUUUCAUACCAUCAGUUAAACACUCAACUCUGUUUCUCAGAUUAAGCUGUUAACCUGACUUGCAUGACCACUUUAGACUAUUUAUGAGAAAAUACUGUUUUUUUUUUGUUUGUUUUUUUUUUUGUUUUGCGCCCUCCUGUCCUGACCCCUCCCUGUAAUUAACAGAUGACUUUUUAUAGCGGUAAUAAAAAAAAUUGCGAAAUGCCAAUUUUGUAUAAAUGAUUUAUAAGAAAAUGAAUAAAGUCAUAUUUGAUGC